GGGUUUGUUUUCAGUUCCAGGACACUGCACGGAUACAUCAUGGCAGAGUUCGAAGGGCAUCUGAUUAAAUCUGUCUUUCCUCUCGUCUUUUCCUCCUCAGUUACAUCUCUCUGUUUCAGUUCAUGCUAAUGAUGUUACAUCACAGGUAUCUGAUGCCACGUGACACUCGUGUCUCCCAUCAGGACUGAGGAGCACAAACAACAGAAUCAUUACAACUAACACAUUUUUUAAAUUUCAGGGCAAUAUUCUGUUUCUCUCUAGCACGUUCCUGAGGGGCCGUUAGAGGUUCUUAUUUGCCCAGUGCAAAUAUAUUUGUACCACUCAUCAGUUUCUGUAUUGAUGACAGGCCAUACUCCUGUUUGUGUUAUGAAAGUCUUUCCCCUGCAUCUCAGCUCCAGACAUGCCUCCUCAGUUUCUCCACGCCAAGAAGUUGUCAGACUAUGAGGUAGAGUUGUCGUGGCAACCACCACUUGAAGCAAAUUCAGACAUACUCUACUACAUUGUCAGAGUUUGGAAUGAAACGACUGAGCUGUGGCAGAAUGUGACAGGGACAUCAGUGGUUAUUAAUGUAGACUCAGAGAGUCGCUACAACGCUUCUGUCUCCAGCUGGAACAGACUGGGAGAUGGAGGAGUGCUGAUCUACAUCAGCUUUAACACCAUCAAUGCAGAACCAUUUGACCCCCCGCGGAAUGUGACUUUUGCAAAUGUGACCGCUUCCUCCGUCAACUUGCUGUGGCACCCGCCUGCUGAACCUAAUGGAAUCAUUGUACACUACACCAUUUACUACUCAUAUGACAACACUGUUGCUGAGCAGAGGGUUCCUAUUUCAAACUUAGGUGCCCCUGCCUCUCCUGAUUCAGCCCUCUCCUACACUCUGACUCGGCUGAUUGGGGGCACAAACUACACCCUGUGGAUGACCUCCAGCACAGCGCAGGGGGACGGAGGGGUUCAGAGCGAGCCACUAACCCUGUUCUUACCGGAGGACGCCGCUCCACUCUCAGCCAAGCACCGGAUCUCCAGGGCACCUUGUCUCUCCCGCACAGCCAAGCCCCCCUGCUGGGCUCAGACCCCCACACACACCUGGCCCCUCACAUCCACUCAUUCAUCUUAUGGAUCUCUCAAGUGUUAUCUCCCCUUUCCCCUUCAUCUCCCUUUUUUUCUUCUCUGUGUACCAUGCUUUAUUUUCGGAGGGGCGGAGACGAUGAACAGGAUGAGUAUUUACUCCUCAACCCCUUUCUUUCUCAAGGUUUCAGUUGUGCUAGUUUCUCUCUUAAAUUCCUCUGUAUGUCUCUGGAUUGGCUGUUAUUAUUGUAGCAAACUGUUGUUGUGUCUGUUAACUGUGCUGUUUUACUUUGCUGUGUUUCUGCAUUGUUAAAGUAAUGUCAUGCGGUAUUGUUCUAUUUGAUGUGCUGUUGUUGAUUUUGUUAAUUGCAACAAUGCUGCCAAUGAUUAUGACGGUGCUUGUGACAGAUGAUGAUAAUGAUGUUGAUGAUGAUGAUGAUGACUGGUGUGCUGUUCAUUUUCCCUCAAGUGUCGGAGUGUGUAUAGUUGAUUGAUGUCCUAAUUUACUGCCUCAUAGUACAGUAAACUCACAUCAAAAUGCUCACAGUUUUCAACCAGUGUUGUCACUGGUAGUCAAAAAUAGUAACACUAUUCUUCUUGUUUCCCUCUUCAGUGCCAA